AUGUCCGACGAUACAAGGAAGACUAUGAAGGCCACCUUCAAGGUAGGGUUCUGGCAUGUAGUUGGACGUGCUCCGGCCCUUUGCACAACCCCUGCGGCUACAGCAUCAUCAGGCUUCCAGGUGCAUCGCCGGGCUGUCACGUAUUGCCUCGAGGAAGCUGGCCGGGCACCGGACCUGGAGAUCAUGGGCAUGUGCUCCAAAUCUGGGACGUCGACUGCCGUCGGCGACCGGCGUCAGUUGGGCCCACAGGCAUACAGCUCUCAGCUCGAUAAACUAUUCCUUCGCAAUACACGACAUCUACGUUGGUUUCAGAACGCUGCGCUUCUGGAGCUCUGCCAGCGACUCCAUGAUGCGGAAGGUAUCCGUGAGAAUCCUGGAGCGCUCAACAAUGUCACAAAGCAUAGGGCAAAGUCAACAAGCCUUCGGAUUAGGGGCAUCCGAAGCACCAUUGUUGUCCUCAACAUAGAAGACGUAGCACCGACACGAGACGCUACAGGCUCUUGCUACUGCGUCGAGACAAGCCUGACGACAAUGCAUGAUCUCAUCAACCGGCUACGCCAUGUCUCGGGUGACGACAUCAUGAUCGUCACUCCGUACAACGCUCGUGUCCGAUUGCUAGGAGCCAUGUAA